AUGGAGGCUUCCAGUCUCACCAACAGAAGCGAGGCCCUCUCGUUUCUCUCUGGAGAGCCAAGCGGUGCCAUGGACAUCAGCCGAUAUCACAACUGGAUCAUCGGUAGCCUGCCGCAGCUGUGGAAGCGAGAUUCUGAGUCUUUGGCCACCAAAGGCUACGGUGCCAAUCAUGCUAUAUCUGCCCAACGGGGAGUUGGCUUUGUCGACUUGACAUCAUUCCUGUUCUCGGAGUCCGACUGCCGAGGCCUGCAAUAUUCUUCCUCAACACCGGAUGCUGGGUUCGAUCUAUCUUCGCUGGCGCUCAACGACGACGAGAGCAAGAAGUUUUUACACAUAUUUUGCCGGGAAUGCAAGACAGAAGUAGGCUUGUACAAUAUCGCGGCAUUGUCUGUCACACUAUUCAAAUGGAAAAUUACUUGCCAGACCAAGACCACAGAUCCUAGCCCAAGCAGUUCCGAGUGUCUUGCAGCAACUCUGCUGGCUACGAUUUCGAGGUCGGGGUCAUCCAAGUCUAUUGUCACGCCGCAUACUUCUGGGGUUGAAAAAUCCGAAGCAGUUUCUCAUAAGAACCUUCAUCUCUGGGUGAUGAACCCUAAUGUCGUAUACACAGCGUCCUCUACCGCUGAUAGCAAGACGGCGAUGAAGAUAUUCUACAAGCAUAUCGAUCCUUUAGAGAGUGAGAAGCUUCUCACGUCCAUAACCUCAGAUGUCCAGGAAAUAAGCUUGCCCGAAGAAGCCAUCAAAGCUGCAGAUAAUUGCUUGUUACGGAGCAGUGAAUUACUACCCGUUCAAGAAAGGACUUUCAAUGAGUGGCAAGUGGGACUGCUUGAGAGAUGGGAACCUGCAUCUUCAUGA